AAGUGUCGUCUAGCCGAUGGUGUCGGAAUUUCAUGCCAGGUCAGCUAAAAGUGUAUAAUAAUUAUAUAUGUUAAAGUUGAAAAUAUGCUGACAAGUUUGUGACUUUAGCCUAUAAACUACUCCCUGUUUCACUUCCGUAGCAAAACCAACCACCUCCGCCUCUCUAUCUCCGCCUCUCUCACGGCAGGAUUUGUUCAGAAAAAGGGGUUUAGUUAUUCUGGAGGAUGGAUUCAGGGGAUGUGUCUCUUCCAAGGAGGAGGACUAGACAGCAAUUCUUGAAAUAUUGGGUUGAGUUAAUUGAGAAAAGGAAUAGUUUGGGUCGAACUGGUAAUCCUACUCAGUCUUCGACUUGUUCGGUGAAUAUUGUAGAGGAUGUGAGUUGUGGGAGGAAAAGAGAUAGGGUGGAGGAGAACACAGAUUCUGCAGAUGGCAAGAGAAAAAUGGAAAAAUCAGAAGAUGGAAGUAUGGUAAAGGUGGACAAUGGGAGGAGUAACUUCAGCCCAGGAACUUGUGAGUCCAUUACGAAACCGCCUUUCAUCCACGAAAUAUCUGAUGAUGAUGGGGAGGAGGAGGGGAAGGAGAAUGAUGUUUUAAUUGGGGAGGCUGCUGCAGGCUCUGCUGUAAAUACUGGAUCAUGUUCAGUAUCUUGGUCCAAUGUGGGCUCUGUUGGGUUAAAGAGUCCUACAUUGAAUGUAGCAGAUGAGGUUGUUUCAUCCACCUCAAGCAUGUGUUGGACCACAGAUAAAUCAGAAGAGGUUGUUGUUCCAAUUGCAUCUUCUGAGUCAGAAUCUGAAGCUUCAAGUGAUGAGGAUAAUGAUGACUCCGAAGAUGAGAAUUACCAGGUGAAAGAAUCAUCAAGUUCUAGUGAAUCUGAUGAUGUAAGAAGUGAUAAAUCGAAAGAUGAUGAGGAAUCAGAAGAUGGUGAUACAUUGAAAGAUGAUGAUCUGAGUUGUCCAACAGAGCAAGAACACCAUGAAGAACGAAACAAGGAGUCAGAUGGUGGGGAGCUAGUACCUCAGCUUGCUGUUAAGGGUGAAAAGAACAACAAAGGCCGAUCAUAUCUUCUUCGGCCGCGCUCACUUCCUAAGUCCAAAAAGAAGAAGUUAAACCAUGGAAAUUGUAGCAGCCCGAUUCUUCUUAGUGAAUCCUCAUCUGAGGAGGACUGUGAUGUUGAUGAGUCGGUGCAAAAUGUUGUUCAAAAGGAUGCUGUUCGAAAGGUUAGAAAGACUCGGAAGAAGAUUCUUAAAGAUUCUGAAUUUCUGAAGUUUGUCGUUGAUUCUAUAAUAAAUGUUGAUGAUCAUGAUAAACUAACUCCUCCUGAAGAGAAAGAACAAAAGGAACAGGUUCCUGUCAAAGAAACACUUCCUUUAAUAUUCCGGUUUGAAGACGAGGAACCUCUCCCGCCAGAGAAAGAAGAAUGGGAAAAGGGAGUUGAUGAUCUUUUUGUUGAAAUGGACAUGUGUAUCUUAGAAUCACGUAUUGGCUUUACAAAUCCAUCUGAUUCACCUAUACAAAGUGAAAAAAUAAGUGGCUGUCAGAUGGGGAACCACCAGCUUGUUCUAGAUGAACAAAUUGGACUCAUCUGUAAAGUUUGUUCCCAUGUGCAUUUGGAGAGCAAGUACAUCUUCCCUCCAUUUGCUGAGAGAACCCGAGGGAGACAUGAAAGAAAAUAUUUUGGAGAGUCGCCAUCCCUCUUGGAAGUUGACGGCUUCAAAUUUUAUGAUUCUUCUGCCGUUCAUGAUGCUGCUAUUUAUGGGGAAGGAACUGUGUGGGAUUUAGUUCCCCUUAGUGCCAAAACAACAAUGUAUCCUCAUCAGCGUGAAGGAUUUGAGUUCAUGUGGAGAAAUAUUGUUGGAGAUAUGUAUCUUGAGAAGCUGAAAGAGCCUAUAUCUGGUAAUAGGGGAGGAUGCAUAAUCUCACAUCCACCUGGCACAGGAAAAACCCGUCUCACUAUAGUAUUUCUUCAGGCAUUUUUGAAGCAGUUUCCAAAGUGUCGGCCUGUAAUCAUAGCUCCAUCCAAUUUGCUUCUUAACUGGGAAGCCGAGUUCCAAAAGUGGGAGGUUGACAUUCCCUUCCACAACUUGAACAGCAAAGAUUUCUCUUUCCAGGAAGAUGAAGCCACUGUUAGUGUCUUCCACUGUUUAUCCCGUGCCGGAAAAAACAAUCCACACCUUAUACGUAUGGUGAAGCUGAGAUCCUGGGCUAAAAGUAAGAGUGUUUUGGGAAUCAGCUAUGACUUGUUUAGGAUUCUCACGGGAGAAGAUGGAGACAGUUAUGCCACAGAGAUUAGAGAAAUACUUCUAAAGUUACCUGGUCUUCUGGUCCUUGAAGAAGGGCACACUGCUCGGAACGAUCAAAGCCUUGUGUGGAAAGCUUUGAAUAAAAUUGAAACAGAGAAGCGCAUUCUUUUGUCUGGAACUCCGUUCCAGAAUAACAUCAAAGAGUUGUACAACACCCUAUGCGUAGUUAGUCCAAAAUUUGCUGCAGAUUUGGAGCAUAAAUGGGCUUAUCUUAGCAGUUCCAUUGACAAGAAUGUCCGAGCAUUGGAAGAGCUUAGGGAUAUGAUUGCACCACUAGUCCAUAAAUGUAGUGAAAAUGUGAAGAAGGUAAGCCUUCCGGGUAUAAGGGAUAUUGUGAUACAUUUGAAGCCCACACAUUUGCAGAAGGAGUUGCUUAAAAGAAUUCCAGAGAAUCCAGGCUCCUUUUACGAACAAAAUAUGGUGUCUCUAAUCUCUGUUCAUCCUUCAUUAGUGGCAACGAGGAAGGAGUUCGCUGACUUAGAAAGUCAGCUAAAAGAAAGAGGAUGUCGGUUGGAUCCAGAUAAUGGAGUAAAAAUGAAAUUUGUUGUUGAACUAAUCAGACUCUGUGGUGGAUUGAAGGAGAGGGUUAUAAUAUUUAGCCAGUUACUUGAUCCUCUAAACUUGAUCAAGGAGCAACUCAAUUCUCUUUUUGGCUGGACUUUAGGCCGAGAGAUCCUCUAUAUGGAUGGAAAACUUGAUGUAAAGCAGCGGCAGAUAUCAAUAAAUUCUCUUAAUGACCCUAAGAGUGAUGUAAAAGUUCUUCUUGCAUCAAUAAAAGCCUGUUCAGAAGGAAUAAGUCUUAUAGGGGCCUCAAGAGUGGUUUUGCUUGACGUUCUCUGGAAUCCCUCAGUAGAACAGCAAGCCAUCAGUCGAGCCUACAGAAAUGGUCAGACUAAAUUUGUUCAUGUUUACUGUCCAGUGUCAUCAAAAUGGGAGGUGGACAAGAUCGAACAGCAGACAAAAAAAAAAUAUCAUUCAGAUGUUAUUAUGUCUAGGAAUAAAGUGAAUACUUUCAAGAUGGAUCCUUCAUGUUCUGUGUCAGAGGAUACCGUACUAGAAUCCAUGGUUAAGCAUGAGUGCCUCCGUCAUAUUUUUGAAAAACUAUCUCAUGCACCACGUGUGGUGCCUCCUACUACAUGCUUUAAUUCUCGUAACCAACCUUCAAAACUGAGCUGUUAGAUCGGUUGGAGCUUUUUUUGGGUUGUGAAGGACACUUGUUACGACUUACAGCAGAGCCUAGAAGAAUUUUUGCAGUCAUCCUUUUGUGAGGUGCUUCAUGACAGGCAUUUUGGUACAAUUCAAGAACGGCAGAUUCACGCCUGGUUAAUGAAGAAUGCUGAUAGGAGUUUUCAUCACCCACAGGAUGUUCUUGUAACAUUGUUUUGCCAGACAUUUUUUUGUUUCAGAACUGUGAAAAAUCUCAGGCUCUUUCAUCUGUGUAGCAUAUUCCUCAACACAAUUGUAUUUUGGCUCAAGUCUCUUGGUAUAUAUGAUUCCACU